GAGGCCGGCGCGGCUGUCGGCUGAGCGCCGCUGGGUGGGGUCGCGAGGCCGCGAGUCACCGGAGGCUCCCGGAGUCCACGCCGCCACCCCGACGCCGGUGCCCUGGGCGGCGUCUGCAUCCGGAUCCGGAGCCCUGCCCCAGCGGUCACGAUGCCACGGAAGCUGUGACCGGGAGUGAGGCGGGAGUGCAGGCGCCGGGAACUGCUGCCAUGUCCCACCAACCUCUUCCCUGCCUGACUGAAAAGGGGGACAGCCCCAGUGAAACCACCGGAAAUGGACCCCCCAAUCUGGCUCACCCAAACCUGGGCACAUUUACCCCAGAGGAGCUGCUGCAGCAAAUGAAAGAGCUCCUGAUUGAGAACCAUCAGCUGAAAGAAGCCAUGAAGCUAAAUAACCAAGCUAUGAAAGGGCGAUUUCAGGAGCUUUCAGCUUGGACAGAGAAACAGAAGGAAGAACGCCUCUUUUUUGAGACCCAGAGCAAAGAAGCCAAGGAGCGCCUAAUGGCUUUGACUCAUGAAAAUGAAAAAUUGAAAGAAGCACUUGGAAAACUGAGAGAGAAAACAGAAAGGUCAUUAAAGGACCCUACUGAGGACCCAAAGGUCCCCAAGGCAGAGGCAGAGCAGGAGAUGGAACAGCUGAAGACCCAAGUGGUGCGCCUUCAAGCUGAAAAGGCCGAUCUACUGGGCAUUGUGUCUGAAUUACAACUCAAGUUGAACUCAGGAGGCCCCUCCGAAGACUCCUUUGUUGAAAUUAGGAUGGCUGAAGGAGAAGCAGAUGUGGCAAUGAAAGACAUGAAGAGGAGUCCUGGGCCCUCAAGAACUGAUGCCAUUGACAAGAAUGGAUCUGCAGAAGGAGCCAGGAAUUAUUUGGAAUCUGAGGAAUUAACUGUGAGCCAGCUCCUGCUUUGUCUAAGGGAAGGAAACCAGAAGGUGGAGAGACUUGAGAAUGCACUCAAGGAAGCCAAGAAAAGAGUUUCAGAUUUUGAAAAGAAAGCCAAUGAUCGUUCUGAGAUUGAGACCCAGACAGAGGGGAGCACAGAAAAAGAGAAAGAAGAGGAGAAAGACACAGAAACUGUUGGAAGUGAAGUGGAAGCCUUGAACCUUCAGGUGACAACCUUGUUUAAGGAGCUUCAGGAGGCUCAUACGAAACUCAGUGAAGCUGAACUAAUGAAGAAGAGACUUCAAGAAAAAUGUCAGGCCCUUGAAAGGAAAAAUUCUGCAACCCCAUCAGAGCUUAAUGAAAAGCAAGAGCUUGUUUACAAUAACAAAAAGUUAGAGCUACAACUAGAAAGCAUGCGAUCAGAAAUCAAAAUGGAGCAAGCAAAAAGAGAAGAUGAAAAGUCCAAAUUCACCAUGCUACAGAUGACACACAACAAGCUGCUCCAAGAAUACAGUAAUGCAUUGAAAACAGUUGAAGAACUAAAACAGAAAGAGUCAGAAAAAGUGGAUAAGGUGGUGGUGCAGGAACUAAGUGAAAAACUGGAACUGGCAGAGAAGGCCCUGGCUUCCAAGCAGCUUCAAAUGGAUGAGAUGAAGCAGACCAUCGCCAAGCAGGAGGAGGACCUGGAAACCAUGACAGUUCUUCGGGCGCAGAUGGAGGUUUACUGUUCAGACUUUCAUGCUGAAAGAGCAGCAAGAGAAAAGAUCCACGAGGAAAAAGAGCAACUUGCAUUGCAGCUGGCAAUUUUGCUGAAGGACAAUAAUGUUUUUGAAGAUGGAGGCAGGCAGUCAUUGAUGGAAAUGCAGAGCCGUCAUGGGGCCAGAACCAGUGACCAGGACCAGCAAGAAUACCUUGUUCAAAGAGGAGCUGAUGAUAGUAACUGGCGGCAACAGCAACAGCAGAAUAUGCCAAUUCAUUCUUGCCCCAAAUGUGGAGAAGUUCUGCCCGACAUAGAUACAUUACAGAUUCAUGUCAUGGACUGCAUCAUUUGAGUGUUGACAUUUCGCCUCCCGCGACCUGUUGUUAAAUGUCAGAUUUCUUUCCUCCCAGAGUUUUACUUUUGUGUUAUUUGUUUUUACUCAAAUAUUUUGGCUCAUUAUAUUUGUUUUAGGAGAAAGAAAAUCAAUAUGUUCCAUGUAGGGCAUUUUUUUGUGGAUUUCCAUAAAUUCACAAAAUAGGAUUCUUAACAUACCAUUCUUUUGAUAACAGAUUGAUUUUUCUUUAAUGUUCAGUUUAUGUGAACACUGAUGUGUUCAUGCAGUUAAUGAUCAUGUGACAUCAUGGGACACAGUAAGUGUAAUUAGAUGGAAGAAGUACUGCUGAUAAACAUUAAGAGAACCUUUUAAGAAGACAGGGAAAAUGAAGUGGUCACAGAAAUCUUCAAGAAAAAUGUCUCUGAAAUAUUUUUGAAAUAAAUUGUAUUUUAUUUUUCUUCAUCCAUUUAAAACAAACCUAUUUGGGGUUGUGUGUAUAUGUGUACAUUGUAGUUUUAUUGCAGCCACAGUAAUUGUACCAAAGUUACAAUAUGGCUGCUUGCACAUGAGCACUGUGAGCAUUUACUGGAUCAUCAGGACAAAGAAAACAAUUUUGGCAUAGAUGAAGUAGAUACAUUAGGUUUACUGGAUUUGAUAUAACCACGGUACAAAGAAGUUAUCUUUGUUCUUUUGUUGUGCUGCAGGUAUAUUGGCUGUACAGUAGAAAGUUCAUUCAUUUUUAAAAGGAACCGCUGUUUAUUCAUUUUCUCUUUAGAUCAGGCUGUAUAGUCAUGAUCACAAAAAUAGUUACUGCAAAAUAAAAUUUUGCUUAAAAGACUCUCACAUUGUUCAUACGUUACUGGCUAAUUUCACAGGAUGCAUUUUCUGGAUUCAGCUUCAUAUAAGCUUAUUAAUUAUUAUUAAUUCUAUGAAUAUGAACAAAUCCCUUCACUAGAGACCAAUAUAUGUUGUUUGAAUUAGAAAUUGUUCUUGCUAUGGAGGUGAGAAAAAUAGGGAUGUGCCAUAUUUUGUAAACCUACAGUUAUUAGUAAUACUAGGCCAGCCAUAAAAGUAAACAAUGACCUUAUGCAUCUAGAACCUAAAACAUUUAAGAGAAAAUUAAAAUAAUUUCCUCUGUUUGGCUCUGUCAUUAGACUCUUUGCUAGACAAACUUGAUUUAAUACACAUAUAGACAAACACAUGGAAUCAAACAGGAAACAAAAUAGUUAACUAUAUCUUUAUACUUUGCAAAUUCACCAGUAACUUAGAUUAAAAAACUUUCCUGCCCUAGCUGGUGUGGCUCAGUGGAUUGAAUGCUGGUCUGUGAAACAAAAGGUCAUCAGUUUGAUUCCCAGUCAGGGAAUGCCUGGGUUGUGGGCCAGCUCCCCCAUUUGGGGAUGUGGGAGAGGCAACUGAUCCAUGUUUUUCUCACACAUUGAUGUUUCUCUCCCUCUCUUUCUCCUCCCUUCCCUUCUCUCUAAAAAUAAGUAAUAAUUUUUAAAAAAGAUUUUCCUGCUUCAGCCCUGGGAGAAUGUUUGUUAAACACAUUUCUAAAAUUAACUAUGAAAAUUUUAUUUUUAUUUUCUUGUUUAAGGCUUCUAGUUUAAUUUUUUUCCUUACUAUUUUAUACUGAAGAAAACAGAUUUCUAUAUUAUCCUAAAUAGAAAAGCAAACCGAAUGGUUUUACAUUUAAGUUUUUGAGGAUAUUAACUUACUUUGUUCAAGUAAAAAUAUUAAGCUGUUCACAACUCUGAGAUACCUAGAAACUUUUUAAACACCUGGAAAUUAAACAACACACUUGUAAAUAAUUCAUGGGUUAAAGAAGAAGUUUUGAGAAAUUUAAAAAUAUUUUAAACAAAUAAAAUGAAAAUAUAACCUACCAAAUUUGGAGGAUGAAGCAAAAGAAGUGCUUAACAGGAAAUCUAUAGUAUCAAAUGCAUAUAUAGAAAAGAAGGAAGAUCUAACAUCAAGAAUCUAAGCUUCCAAUUUACGGAACUAGAAAAAAGAACAGCAAAUUAAACAUAAAAGAAGCAGAAGGAAAUAAAUAAUAAAUAUUAGAGAAGAAAUAAAUUAAAUUGAAACCAAUCAACAGAGAAAACCAGUAAAAUCAAAAGCUGGUUCUUGGAAAUGAUCGGUAAAAUUGGUAACCCUCUAGCCAGGUUAACUGAAAAUAGAAGGCACUAAUAUCACCAGCAGUGAAAUUGGAAUUUGAAAUAAUACAAUAACAUUUAUGAGCACCAAAAAAUGAAAUACUUAGGUAUAAAUCUAAUAAAAUAUGUACAAGAUGUGAUGAAAGAACUCAAAGGAACUAAAUAAGUGGAGAGAGAGUCCACGUUCAGGUAUAGGGAGGCUCUGCAUUGUCUGCAUCUCAGUUCUUCCCACUCUGAUCUAUAGAUUCCACAUGAUCCCAAUCAAAAUCUCAAUGAGUUAUCCUGUGGAUAUUAACAAACUGAUCCUAAAAUUUAUAUAGAGAGACAAAAGACUCCAAAUGGCCAAAACAAUAUUGUAGGAGAAUAAAAAUAGAGGACACCACCUGACUUUAAGAAUUACUGUAAAGCUACAGUAAUCAAGAUAGCAUGGUAUUGGUGGAAAAAUAGACAAAUAUACCAAUGGAACAGAAUAGCCCAGAUAGAGACCCAGAGAGCCCACUGGUCUUUGACAAAGAAAAAGCAAUUUGAUGGAGAAAGUAUUUUUAACAAAUGAUGCUGGCACAAUCCAUAUGCAAAAACAAACAAAAUGAAUCAAGACACAGACCUUCCCCCUUUCACAAAAAACUAACCACAUAUUGGGAAUAGAUCUAUACAAAAUAGACAUCUGAUGAAGGACUAGUAUCCAAAAUAUACUAAGAACUCAAGACAACAGUAAGAAAACAACCCAGUUUAAAAAUGGGCAAAAGAUAGGUACCUCACCAAAACAAAUACAUAGAUGGCAAAUAAGCAUAUAAAAAGAUACUAUAUAUCACAUGCCAUUAGGGAAUUGCAAAUUAAAAUGAGAUACUGCCACAUACUUAUUAAAUGGCUAAAAUCCAAAACAAUAAUAACAAAUGCUGGCAAGGAUAUGGAACAAAAAGAACUCAUUUAUUUCUGGUGGAAAUGCAAAAUUGUACUAUGGGAGACAGUUUGGCAGUGUCUUGCAAAACCAAGUGCAAUCUUUGGCAUUUACCCAAAUGAAUUGAAAACUUAUGUCCACACAAGGCCUGCAAAAGUAUUUAUAAUAACUGCCAAAACCUGAAAGUAGCCAAGAUGUCUCUCAAUAAGAAAAUGGAUAAACAAACUGCGGUACAUCCAGGCUAUGGAAUAUUAUUCAGUAUGAGUUAUCAAACCAUGAAAAGAGUUUGAGGAAACUUAAAUGCAUAUUGCUAAUGAAGGAAGCCAAUCUGAAAAGGCUAUGUACUGUAUGAUUCCAACUAUGUGACACUCUGAGAAAGGCAAAAUUAUGGAGACAGUAAAAGAACUGGGAGUUGCCAGUUGUGGGUGAGCAAGAGGGAUGAAUAGGUAAGAGCACAAAGGAUUUUUAGGGCAGUGAAACUAUUCUGCAUCAAUGUAUUCAUAGAGUGAACCCUAAUGUCAAGUAGGAACUUAGUUAAUAAUAAUGUAUCACUCUUGGCUCAUCAAUUGAAAUAAAUGUCCCAUACUAAUGCAAGAUGUUAACAAGAGGGGGAAUUAUGUGUUGAAGGGGUUAUAUGAGAACACGCUGCUCUUUCCACUCUAUUUUUUUUGUAAUCCUCUAAUUGCUCUAAAAAAUAAAGUCUGUUUUUUUUUUAUGAGCAAAAUAGUUUUCAACUAUAAUGUAAUAUGAACACACAUAAAAUGCAUUGUGUGCAUCAUAAAAUCAAGAUUCUUGUGAAGUUUGGCUAACACUUCCAUUUGACCCAUAAUGAAAGGGCUAAUUUGGAAUUGCCUUUAAUGAAAUGUCAAAUUUAGACUUCCAGUCAAGAUGGAGGCAUAAGUAAAUACAGUUUGCCUACUCGCACAACCACAGCAAAAAUUACAAAUAGACUACGAAACUAUCACCCAGAAUUGUCGGAAAAUCGAGCUGUACGGAAGUAUGGUAACAAGGAAUUAAAGAAGUCACAUUCAUCCAGAUACGUAGGAGGGACGGAGACACUGAAACACACAGAAAUGCGGAACAGGCAGUCCCACAUCCAUGUGUGGUAGAAAAAAAUCGGGGGGGAUACCUCAGGAGUGAGGGAUCCCAGCUACAUACCAGACCACGCAGCCCAGGAUUCCAGUCCAAGGAAGAGAAGUCCCCAUAACUUCUGGCUAUAAAAACCAGUGGGGGUUGCAGCAGCAGAAAAAACAGUAGGAUUCCCAGGAGUCUUCUCUUAAAGGGCCCUCAAUGGACUGAGGACUUAUGCAGAUUCACUUGCCCCUGGCCUCCAGCAUGGGGGCAGCAGCUGGACGGGCACGAGAGGCAUACGGGGAGAAAUUUAAGUGUCUAGCAUUAGAGUCAGUGCCAGGGAAUGGCUUCCUCCUGCACAAAACUCCAGAGGCCAGGCAGUGACACUGUCCCCUUUCUGAGCCCUCCCUAACACAGAGCCACAGAGCUGUGACACCAUAUCAGAGACUCCAUCAACUUGGUUCACACGGGUUGUCCUGCCCAGACAAUUACCUAAAGCUCUGCCCCAUCCAACUUAAAGAUGCACUUUUCUACAAUAGGCCAUGCUACUAAGGAAGCCAAAGCAGCUCUACCUAAUACAUAGAAACAAACACAGGGAGGCUGCUAAAAUGAGGAGACAAAGGAAUAUGGCCCAAAUGAGAAAUCAAAACUGCAGAAAAAGAACUAAACAAAAUGGAGAUAAGCAAUCUAACAGAGUCAAAGUUCAAAACACUGGUUAUUAGAUACUCAAGGAAUUCACUGGGUACUUCAACAGCAUAAAAAAGACCCAGUCAGAAAUGAAGCCUACCCUAAGUGAAAUAAAUAAAAAUUUACAGGGGACCAACAGUGUAGUGAAUAAAGCUGAGCAUCAAAUGUAUGAUUUGGAACAUAAGGAAGAAGCUGAGAAUCAAAUCAAUGAUUUGGAACAUAAUGGAGAAAAAACAUUCAAUCAGAAAAGAAGAAAAUAAUCUAAAAAGACAAGGACAGGCUAAGGAGCCUCUGGGUCAGCUUCAAACAUACCAAUGUUUCAAUCAUAGGGGUACUGGAAGGACAAGAGAAAGAGCAAGAAAUUGAAAACUUUUUGAAAAAAUAAUGAAAGAAAACUUCCCCAAUUUGUUGAAGGAAAUAGACAUAAAAGUCCAGGAAGCAUGGAGAGUCCCAAACAAGAUGGACGCAAAGAGGACCACACAAAGAUACAUCAUAAUUAAAAUGCCAAAGGUUAAAGAUAAAAAGAGAAUCUUAAAAGCAGCAAGAGAAAAACAGAGAGUUACACAUAAAGGAGUUCACAUAAGACUGUCUGCUGAUUUCUCAAAAGAAAUUUUGCAGGCUAAAAGGGACGUGCAAGAAGUAUUCAAAGUCACAAAAAGCAAGAACUUACAACCUAGAUUACUCUAUCCAACAAAGCUAUCAUUGUGAAUGAAAGGGCAGAUAAAGUGCCUCCCAGACAAAGUAAAGCUAAAGUAGUUCAUCAUCACCAAACCAUUAUUAAAUGAAAUGUUAAAGGGACUUAUUUAAGAAAAAGAAGAUCAAAACUAUAAACAUUAAAAUGGCAAUAUAUUCAAACUAUCAAUAAUUGAGUCUAAGCAAACAAGCUGAAACAAUCAUAGAUAUGGAGAUCAUUUGGAGGUUUAUCAGUUGGGAGGUGAAGGGGAAUAAUGGGGGAAAAAGGUGCAGGGAUUAACAUAUUGGUAGGUACAAAAUAGACAGGGGGAUGUUAAAAAUGGUAUAGGAAAUGGAGUAACCAAAGAACUUAUAUGCGUGACCCAUGGACA